UUUUUACAGGUCUCUCUUCAAAACAAAGAUUCUGACUUCCAUUUUUGUGGCGGCUCAAUUCUGACCGAUACAUGUGUCAUCACGGCAGCUCAUUGCGUUGAAGGAGAAAGUGCCAAUGGAAUAAAAGUUGUUGCUGACACAAUUAACCUAAAUGAUCCGAAAUCAGAGCAUAACGUUGUAAAAAUCAUUGUGCACGAAGGAUAUAAUCCAUCUAAUUCCUGGAUGAACGAUAUUUCGCUACUGAAGGUGGAAAAACCCUUCAUAAUGUCUGCCACCGUCGGACCCGUUCCCCUGCCACCAAAAGAUCACGUUGUUAAUCCGAAUGAUAUAGCUGUUGUGUCGGGAUGGGGCAGACUCUGGGAAGGAGGACCAACCACUACCAAGCUACAACGAGUCAACAUUUUGAUCGCUGACCAAGACUAUUGCAGGUAUAUGUACGAGAAUAUUGGAUAUAAUGUCCAUCCAACGCAAGUGUGCGCAUUUGAUUCGUCAGCCGAGAAAGGAUCUUGCCACGUAAGUUUAACAUUUUAACUUCCAUUACAUCGAU